GACGUGCAGACGCUCCUCUCUCCACUCUCCAUCAUCAUCUGCAGGAAAAUGCGAGCGGGGAGCGGGGACAAAAUGUCAACUCGGGCUGCUCUCCCCCGGCCGCAGUCAUGAGCGGGGUCCCGUCUGCCUCUCCCAAGCGCAACAAGUUGCUCUCACCAUGCGGAUCCACUGCAAAGUAGUUGUGAUCGCCGUGUGUUUCGGAGUUUUCCUACUUUUGUACUUUUUGGGGGGCAACGCCGCGGACGAUCCGCUGCUCAAAGAAGUUGUGGAGCAGCAGCAGCAGCAGCAGCAGGAGGAGGAGGAGGAUGGCAACUCUUCCAGGUCGCCCCCCGAGCCCGGACGCGAUGUCGCCGCGAAGUUUACGAAGAAAUCGUCCGCCGGGGGAGUCGGCGUGCGUGCGGAAGAGCCUCUCGGGGGACGGAAAGAGGGGAGAGCGAUCAACAGACGGGCCAGCGCGAAUGCAAAGAGCAAACGGCGGAGUAUCGUGGCCCGACCUGUGACCAAGCGCAAACGGGCGGAGGAGGUCAUGCACCUGGCUGUGGUUGCCUGUGGGAAUCGUCUGGACGAGACCCUCACCAUGGUCAAAUCAGCCCUCCUGUUCAGCCUCAAGAGGAUCACGUUUCACAUUUUUGCAGAGGACCCUUUGGCUCCGCAGUUUGAAGAAAGGCUGAACCAGUGGCCCCGCUCCGUGUCCGCCAAGUUCCAGCACAGGAUCUACCCCAUCACCUUCUCCGUGGGGAACGCCGACGAGUGGAAGAAGCUCUUCAAGCCCUGUGCUGCUCAGAGACUUUUCCUCCCCGUCAUCCUGAAAGAUGUGGACUCGCUACUCUACGUAGACACCGACGUGCUGUUCCUGCGGCCCAUGGACGAUAUCUGGAGUCUCCUGAAGUCCUUCAACAGCACCCAGCUGGCGGCGAUGGCCCCGGAGCACGAGGUCCCAAAGAUCGGCUGGUACAGCCGCUUUGCGCGCCACCCUUUCUAUGGAGUCACGGGGGUCAACUCCGGCGUCAUGCUGAUGAAUCUCACAAGGAUCCGCAGCACAAUGUUCAAAAACAGUAUGAUCCCCAGUGGCCUCUCAUGGGAGGAUAUUCUACAUCCACUCUAUCAGAAGUACAAGAACCACAUCACCUGGGGAGACCAGGACCUCCUCAACAUCAUCUUCCACUACAAUCCAGAGUGUCUCUUCAUAUUUCCGUGCCAGUGGAACUACAGGCCAGAUCACUGUAUGUACGGGAGUAACUGCAAAGGGGCGGAAGAGGAGGGCGUGUCCAUUCUCCAUGGCAACCGUGGAGUGUAUCAUGACGACAAGCAGCCAGCGUUCAAAGUAGUCUAUGACGCAAUACAUGAUUAUCCUUUUGAGGACAACAUGUUCCAGUCGCUGUUCUACCCCAUCCAGACCAAGUUCCUGGACACAGUCAACACCUUGUGUGGUCGGAUUCCUCAGGUCUUCCUCAAGCAGAUAGAAAAGACCAUGAGGAAGGUGUUCGAAGACAAAGUGGUCCGACACGUCAGGCGGCACAAAUAGACUGAUGGAGAAAUGGACUCCCUGUUUUUAUACGACAACACCGAGGGCCGUCUCGCUGUGGAUUAUGUGUCACACCGGCAUCUCGUAGACCCAACUGUUGACUCUGUGAUUGCUGGGUAUUCAACACACUUCCUGGAUUUGGUCACAUGAACAUUGCUGUGGGUAAUGAGCCUAUGUAAACAGAGAAGCAUACAGAGCUGGUCAGUGAUGCCGUAGGAUAGGUUUGCCUUAUUGUCAUCUUAAAAUGUUCACAUUACAGUUUUUAAACGUAUGUGAAUAUUGAAAAACAGCUACAUUGGGAAAAACACAAAUACUUUUUAUAUCAAGAAUAAUGAAAGUAUGAGCUCUUCAUCUCAAGUGUGGGCUAAAAAGCAAAAAAUAAGGCAAAUUUACGUCAAAAGCAUUUGACUACAGCAUCUACCUUUUUCAUUUUUCCUCGUGAAUAAAGUCCACUUUGGGAAGCUCUACCACUUAAAGUAGUCAAUUCAUAAACCGUUCCUCUGAAAUCAUGUGAAUGUUUUUCCAGUAAAUAACUUGAAACGUGAGCUUGGCGUGAAUGAGGAAGAGUUGCGAGUUGCCGAAUGACAGUCAGUAUUAAAUACAGCACAACCGUGGAAAUGUGGAAUUUCAUGUUACAAGCCGAAUGUUAAAAUGCACUUUCAGAAUGAUAUUGAGACUGGAUGGUUGUUUGUACACAAAUGUCCACGUUAAAUGCUACACUGUCCGAGGGAAUCAAAACCAAAAGUGCUAGCUUUUUAAUAAACAGUGACAUAAUACAACUGAUUAUGUGCCAUAUAGAUAUUCAUGUUUACUAUUACAAGACAAUGAGUGUGUUUAUGUGUUUGAGGGGGUAUCUUGGAUUUUGAUAUGUUGUAUGGUCUGUUGUGAACACAUGGGUCACAUGUUUUAGCAGCAUUACUUUCAAUGUGGUGUAAAGAUCUAAACAUAUCAUUCGAACUGGAAGCUGUGCAGUCACAUGUGUUUCUAAAUAAAUCAAUGCAAUGUGCUGAGUCUCAUUUAUAUGUAUAUAUGCAAUUCAUUGGAAUGGAAAUGUACCAAUGAUUUACAAACGGAUGAAAUGCAUUCUUCUCACAGGUGUAUUAUGCAAUAAGUUAAGAGACACAGCUCGAUCACAACACAAAUGAUUUGGCUUGACAUUAGCACCUGCAUUUAUAUAUAUGUUAGGUUUGAUACUUGAUGUAUUUUAUUUGUGUGAUACUGAGCUUUAACUGAACUUACCACU